UUUUUCUGGAAAUCUCUUUUCGAUUGUCAAGUUUUUGGGAAGUACUUCAAUGUUAUCUAAAUGAUUCAUUUUGAACUAUGUCAAUAGCCCUAGUAUUAUUUACGAAGCCAUGACCACAGUCGAGUUUAAAUUGUAUCCGAGUAGGGGACAUGUGUGAUUAAUUAUCUAUACUAUCUUAUCAUUGCGUGGUCUAUGCUGAUUAUAAAAGAAAGUCGAAUUCCUGACAAUACCCACAGUAAAGUAAACUGUGUCCAGACAACAACACCUCACAACAAAUCGACAACAUGUCGGUGCCUCCAGCAACUCUUGUAAUUAUUGGCGCGGCAGCAACCAAUAACGAAAGACAAAGGCGAAGGGAAAGACAAAUGCAACAGAGCAAAGCGAAAGCCAAGCCACAGCCGAAGACAAAAGAAGAAGAAUGCAAACAAUCCCAACAAAAACAGUCGCAAUCGCCCGAAGACAAGUCAAAUAUUUGCAAAAUCAGUUAGUUAUGCGUUUAUAUCUAAUCAGUGGAGAUUUGUGGCAUGAAAAUAUAUUUACUAUGACACAAGCAUUGUCUAUAAAUUGAAUGGGUCGAAACAAAUACAUUUUAGUUAAGUGUCGCAACUAAAACGCAGUUGAGGCCGCGAGAAGAAAUAAACGAAAUAAACGAGAAAAUGCAAAGGACGGCAACAACGACAACCAUUGAGGAAAUUAGCUCAACUGAAACGAUAAAUGUUGCAACGAUAAGCGAAACGAUAGGCAUCACAACAAUUGAGACAACUCCGACGCCGGCUGAGCGGCAACCUCAUCAUCAUCUUCGUCAUCAUCGGCAUUCACAAAGGGAAGAGAACGAAACGACUUUAGUUAUAACUGAUGUUAGCGACGAUGCUACUCUCAUCAUAGAGACUGACACUGAACAACCACAAGACAGGCAUCAGCAUCGUCAUCAUCAUCAUCAUCAUCAUCGUCACAAGCAUCACGCUAAAGAGAAGCAAACAGUAUCGCAACCACUAGAUCCACUCGAGCCGCCGCCGCCACCGUUGCCCACAUCGUCGCCACCCUAUCUGACACCCACCGAGGAGCUAACGGAGGUUGUGUGGCAAACGGACUUGGAUCUGCCGCCACAGGCGUCAGAAGCCAUAUUACCUGCCCCUCUCCCCACAAUCAGUUCGCAGCCAGUUGAUGAACCCACACUGCCUACGCCUCCGGUUUAUCAGUGGCAGCCUGCGAUGCCGGCGACAGCAGCAACAACAGCAACAGCAGCAGCCACUGUACCAACAACGACAACAGCAAAAACAACAGCACCUCAACCAAUAGUUGUGUGCCAAACGGAGCUCAUCAUCGAAGAGCCUACUCAGAUCGCAUCGCCUCCACUUCCACCUCCAGCAGCAGCAGCAACUGAAUUGGUCCUCGUUGGCACAGUUUCUGUCGAAGCCACUGACAAACCUAAAGAGCGAAAGAGCUACAGAGUCAGCACCGAUUUGGCGGCGCCACCGCAAGAGCCAAGGAAACGUUGCUGUUGCAUCAUUGCCUAAGUGCUGCGAGGCAUUGAAAAUAUUCCGUUUAAGACUUCAUUUAUAAAUGCGAAUGACAGUCAAAUGGAAAGAGCAUAUCUUAGCAUUUUAAGCAUAAACUUAAAUGCAAAUUGAGUUGAACAAAAUAAUGCUGACCUGAAGUUGUAACUUUGACAUAAAAUAUAUAUACUCGUACCUAUGAAUAUUAAUUCUGAAGAAGAUGUCUUAAGUUGUCAUGCCACUUUUCAAUUGUUACUCUGAAUGCUAAAUGUCUAAAUGUAGAAAGAUUUUAUUUAACUACUUUUAAAUUUCUCACUUUCUCCUGAAUCAUGCCAACUUUUCCCUU